CUUUGCCGCAAGUGACAACUCGCUGGCAUCUGCUCUUCACCUCCGCUGUGCUUACCGAGUUAUGAAAGGGCUUGGUCUGAUCCGCUCCGGAUGCCUCAUUCUCCUGACCGGGAACUAGUCCUCGAUUGUGAUCUCGUCCACAUUCAAAUCUCGCCUAAAAGCCCUAUGUCUAGUGUCAAAGGUUCAGUAGCUAUAAAUUAGCAGUGACACUCUACUGCAUCUCUUCACGCCUCACAGUGCCUGCGCUUGCACUGUAACGACUUGAAAUGUUUAACUCUAUCACAACUUCGUUCUUCAAGACGUUGGGCAAGAGAAGUGGAGAUGCUUCGGCUGAAUCUAGGUCCCCCUCUUCCGCCCCUGGUAAAGGAUUGAGUGUCUCCCCUUCCGCGCCAACAGUCGCUAUCAGCGACGGCAAGGCAUCACCUCACUGGACCGACACAAAGAGCACUGCUCAACUUCUCAGGAUGAUUCUUGAAGAAGCUUCCUCUUCACCAAUCUCUCCCUCAUCCUCUGAUUUGUGCCCGACGCUUCCUCAAUCCACUCCAUCUACUCCCCGCGGCUGCAGCACCGUCUACGAAAUGGGUCCUCCAUCUCCUCCAAUUUCAUUCAUUAAGAAGCAUAUGCCGGAAGACAGGUUUGAGGAAGCACUGGCGCACCAACAAGGCGUCAAACUUAAACAGUCCCGGGUCCCUUCUAUCAAACUCGUCGUUAAUCCCAUGCUAGUUCCGCAUUACGCGAUGCCUUUUUUUGGCUUCGACGAUGAUGACGAGACUGAAUUAUCCGAUUGCUCAGAAGAGGGAUGGAGAGAAUGCACCAUUAACUCGGAGGUGAAGUCGAGAGACAAUUCGCCGACAUCGCAACCAGUUUCUGGCCUUGAUAAGAUCUCGCAUGCGACCAAACCGAGACGAAAACGCUUUAAUGGCAAGCCAAGUAAUGGCAGAGGGAAGCGAUCAAAAUUCGCAAGAAAAUGAGAGCCACUCAACUUAACCCUGCGCCUACCUUCCCCACAUCCACUCCUACCAACGCUGCAAUACGCUGCGCCGUGUUCAGCUUUGCAUUUGUUUUGUACUCUGCUUCCUUCGUUUUAUUGUUUCUGUUCAAUCUGUUCUAUUGGCAGGUCUCUACGUCCUCUUGGGUUCCCGGACUACUGUUGUAAUUGUACCGGUUUAUGUUUAUUCUGUUUCGACUCCCAGUGCGCACCCAGUGCUUAUCCACGCAUAUG